ACCCCAGAACAGAAUUCGGCCAACCACAGCCAAGAAGGCAAAGCACGCAGGCGCAGACAUUGAAGCGGGUAGUAGAAGGCUGGCGGACGGGCGCGCGCACUCGGCGACCGGAGAGGCGGUAGCGCACGCUUGGGGCGGGCACUGCAGCUCUGGCUUGGGGUUCACCGGGUCAUAGGGCUCCGGGAGCUUUGGCCUCGGCCAUGGCUCACAGGCCGAAAAGGACUUUUCGGCAGCGCGCUGCCGAUUCCAGCGACAGCGAUGGGGCUGAGGAGUCGCCUGCUGAGCCUGGGGCGCCGAGAGAAGUUGCGGCCCCGGGUUCUGCGGAAGAAGGGCCGCCCUCUGGAGGAGGCCGCGCGCGGAUGGCAGGACGGCCUCACCGGGUUCGGGGCCCUCGGGGCCGGGGCCGGGUCUGGGCGAGCUCCCGGCGCGCCAAGGAAGCGGCUCCCCGCGCGGACGAAGGCUCGGGUGUCCAGGGUGACGCGGGGAAGAAAGGAGAAUCCAGAGUCCUUGAUGUGUCCACAGAUGAAGAGGAUGAAAUACAUCACUCCUCAGAAAGUAAGGAUGAUCAGGGUUUGUCUUCUGACAGCUCUAGCUCUCUUGGAGAAAAAGAACUUUCAUCAACAGUUAAGAUCCCAGAUGCAGCUUUUAUUCAGGCAGCCCGCAGAAAACGUGAAUUGGCCAGAGCCCAAGAUGACUAUAUUUCUUUGGAUGUAGAACAUACCUCUACCGUCUCUGGUAUGAAGAAAGAGAGUGAAGAUGACCCUGAGAGUGAGCCUGAUGACCAUGAAAAGAGAAUACCAUUUACCCUAAAACCUCAAACAUUUAGACAAAGGAUGGCUGAGGAAUCAAUAAGUAGAAAUGAAGAAACAAGUGAAGAAAGUCAGGAAGAUGAAAAACAGGAUAUUUGGGAACGACAACAAAUGAGGAAAGCAGUUAAAAUCAUAGAGGAAAGAGACAUAGAUCUUUCCCAUGGCAGUGGAUCUUCAAAAGUGAAGAAAUUUGAUACCUCCAUUUCAUUUACACCAGUAAAUUUAGAAAUUAUAAAGAAGCAAUUAAAUACUAGAUUAACAUUACUACAGGAAACUCACCGCUCACACCUGAGGGAGUAUGAAAAAUAUGUGCAAGAUGUCAAAAGUUCAGAGAGUACCAUCCAGAACCUAGAGAGUUCAUCAAAUCAAGCUCUAAAUUGUAAAUUCUAUAAGAGCAUGAAAAUUUAUGUGGAAAAUUUAAUUGACUGCCUUAAUGAAAAGAUUAUCAACAUCCAAGAAAUAGAAUCAUCCAUGCAUGCACUCCUUUUAAAACAAGCUAUGACUUUUAUGAAACGCAGGCAAGAUGAAUUAAAACAUGAAUCAACGUAUUUACAACAGUUAUCACGCAAAGAUGAGACGUCCACAAGUGGAAACUUAGCACUAGAUGAAAAAACUCAGUGGAUUUCAGAAGAGAUUGAAUUUCGAAGGACAAAAAGAAGACAAGCAAGGAUGCUUUCUGGGAAUUGUAAUCAUCAGGAAGGGACAUCUAGUGAUGAUGAACUGCCUUCAGCAGAGAUGAUUGACUUCCAAAAAAGCCAAGGUGACAUUUUACAGAAACAGAAGAAAGUUUUUGAAGAUGUGCAUGAUGACUUUUGUAACAUCCAGAAUAUUUUGUUGAAGUUUCAGCAAUGGCGAGAAAAGUUUCCUGACUCCUAUUAUGAAGCUUUCGUUAGUUUGUGCAUACCAAAGCUUUUAAAUCCCCUAAUACGAGUUCAGUUGAUUGAUUGGAAUCCUCUUAAGUUGGAUUCCACAGGUUUAAAAGAGAUGCCAUGGUUCAAAUCUGUAGAAGAAUUUAUGGAUAGCAGUGUAGAAGAUUCAAAGAAGGAAAGUAGUUCAGAUAAAAAAAUCUUGUCUACAAUCAUCAACAAAACAAUUAUUCCCCGACUUACAGACCUUGUAGAAUUCCUUUGGGAUCCUUUGUCAACCUCACAGACAACAAGUUUAAUAACACAUUGCAGAGUGAUUCUUGAAGAACAUUCCAUUUGUGAAAAUGAAGUUAGUAAAAGCAAACAGGAUUUACUUAAAUCCAUUGUUUCAAGAAUGAAGAAGGCAGUAGAAGAUGAUGUUUUUAUUCCUCUGUAUCCAAAGAGUGCUGUAGAAAACAAAACAUCACCUCAUUUGAAGUUCCAAGAAAGACAGUUCUGGUCAGGCCUAAAGCUCUUCCACAAUAUUCUUCUUUGGAAUGGACUCCUUACAGAUGACACCUUGCAAGAACUAGGACUAGGGAAGCUGCUAAAUCGUUACCUUAUUAUAGCUCUUCUCAAUGCCACACCUGGGCCAGAUGUGGUUAAAAAGUGCAACCAGAUAGCAGCAUGUCUACCAGAAAAAUGGUUUGAAAAUUCUGCCAUGAGAACAUCUAUUCCACAGCUGGAAAACUUCAUUCAGUUUUUAUUGCAGUCUGCACAUAAAUUAUCUAGAAGUGAAUUCAGGGAUAAAGUCGAAGAAAUAAUUCUUAUUUUGGUGAAAAUAAAAGCUUUGAAUCAAGCAGAAUCCUUCAUAGGAGAGCAUCACCUAGACCAUCUUAAAUCACUAAUUUAAAAAGAUUGAAUAAACUUUAUAGGAAAAUCCUAAAAUUUUAAUAUAGUUACACUCAGUUCCUUUGCUCGAGAAGAAGCUGGUGCCUCUGUCUUCUUUAUUCCCUGAAAGAGAAGGUAGGAUUUGCAAAAAAGCAAGACUCCACCUCUAUUCCCCCCAUGCUCUACCUUCUGGCAUCAUGAAAAGCUGCCAUGAUUCUGUAGUGUUCUAAGGAAUUAAAUGCACUGAAGCUUUAAGAGCUCAAUGUGUUUCCCUUU